AUGGAAACAUCUGCUCCACGUGCCGGAAGCCAGGUAGUCGCGACGCAGCUGACGCGCCACUCCCCAUGCCACCGCACUGAAACCCUGCGAGUGUUCUCGCGAGACGAGCUCGCCGAAAUGGCCGCUACCGGUCAAGGUAAGGUGGAGGGAAACUUCGAGUCAUUGGACCUUGCAGAAUUUGCUAAGAAGCAGCCAUGGUGGCGCAAGCUAUUUGGACAAGAAUCUGGGCCUUCUGCUGAAAAGUACAGUGUAGCCACCCAGCUGCUCAUUGGAGGUGUCACUGGCUGGUGCACGGGUUUCAUAUUCCAGAAGGUUGGAAAGUUAGCGGCAACAGCUGUGGGCGGUGGAUUUUUUCUCCUUCAGAUUGCAAACCACACUGGCUACAUCAAGGUUGACUGGCAACGAGUAGAGAAGGAUAUGAAGAAAGCCAAGGAGCAACUGAAAAUCCGUAAGAGUAACCAGAUACCUAACGAGGUCAGGAGCAAAGCUGAGGAGGUGGUGUCAUUUGUGAAGAAAAACGUCCUUGUGACUGGGGGAUUCUUUGGAGGCUUCCUACUGGGCAUGGCAUCCUAAGGCACAUAGCUUCACCGCCAUAGUUUCUGGAU